CUGCUUUAUGCAAAAUGGGUCAUAUGUAACAUCCAUUUUACAGUUACAAUUUGCUGGAUCUGCAUCCCCUGUUCUGGUGCAUGUGUUAUUCUUGUCUGAUAUAGGACGUGUGAAUCUGUUAAUAGUUUUAAAUGUGCUGAGAGCCAUUGCUGGCAUCCAGGAAACCUAAUGCCUUGGUGAUCAGCUCAAUGAUCUGUGAAGAGCCCUGUUUGUCUUGUAAGUUCAAAGGGAGGCUGACCUAGGAAGACAUGUGACCAUGCCAUCUGGCAAGGGAAUCUAUUUGGAACCUGGUGUUUCUCCAUGCGGGGGAGGGAUGCCAAGCAAAAGAUCUCCACACUGGGGAUAAGUCUAUUUGAGCAAUGGGACACUAUCAGCCUUUUGUCUUUAGCUUGUUUUUGAAACUGCCUGGCACACCCUGAGACGAGACAAAGAACUUUGAAGACAGCUGGAGACCCAAGUCAGAGUAAAGGAUUUUGACUCUGAUUUGAAGCUUAGACCUGAAAUAAGAACUGCUGUUUUGGAUGAUAUGCUCAGUUUGGAGGAAGACCAUCAGAAAGCCCCAUCUCUGAAGGCUGCAGGCUUGCAGAGCCCCUCACUCCAGCGCUUUGCGGAGCUGGUGAAAAGGGGGAAGUUCCAGCAGUUCUACGGCCUGAUGGGAAAACGGACGAGUGGGCAUCCAGGAGAGAAAUUCAUAGGACUCAUGGGACGACGAUACUCCAGAGGAGAGUCAACAGCAGAUGGGGACAACAGCCAGCCAAUUCUCGCAUGGGAGCCAUAGCAUGACCCUCCAUCAGAGGCCAACAUCUGCUCCUUUAUUUCACAUUAGAUUACGGUAGCUGUGCUGUAUGCUCAUUUCUAUUCAUGCACUUUGUUACUCCACUCAUGGGGCUUUUCCAGAACCAGAUAAGCACAUUUGGAUCUUUUAUUUCACUCCUGUCUCCUUCUGUCAGACUGCUCUGAUGCAUAAAUUCAUUGCUGUUGCUGGG